GCUGGCGGCGGCGGGGACGGAGCGGGGCGGGGGGGCAGGCGGCCGCGCGGAGCCUCCCGGGCGUCCCGGGCUGCGCCGCCUCGGCGCUGCCCCCCCGCCGGCGGAGCCGCCCAGCGCCGGCUCCGCUCCGCCGAACCAGGAAACUGCGGCGCCGGGUCCCGCGGCGGUGCCCGCGAGCGGCGGCAUGGCCCGGCGCGGGGGCCACGGCGCCCCGCGGGAGGCGGCAGCCGGCAUCGCCGCGGCGCUCGCCGCCCCGGCCGGCGCCCGGCCGCGCACCGGCAGCCCCGCGCCCAGCCCCGCGCCCAGCCCCGCGCCCCGGCGGCCGACGGAGCCCGGACGGAGCGGCAGCCGCGGCAGCCGCGGCGCGGGGAGCCUGGCCGGCGCCUCGGGCAGGCUCUCCAUCGGCCCCGGCAGCGCCCGGAGGAAGGAGCUGAAGGAGAUCCUGCUGCAGAGCAACGGCCCCGGCGGCGCCAUGUGGUUCGCAGCCGCCCAGAAGCUCUGCGACGGCGGCGGCCUCCUCGCGGGGCCGCAGUCUGAGCCGGAGCCGCAGCCCCAGCGGAGCCCCGAGGUGCUGUCGCUCGCCCUGGACCCCCUGGAGCACGAGUGGCUGCUGACGGCGGCCCAGGGCGACGCCGAGAGCAUCCUGCGGCUGCUGGACCUGGACCCCAGCCUGCUGGCCCGCAAGGACUUCGUGACGGGCUUCACCGCUCUCCACUGGCUCGCCAAGCACGGCCACCACGAGAGCCUCAUCAGGGUCGUCUCGCACGCGCAGAAGAAGGGCUACCCGGUCGACGUGAACGUCCCCGCGGCCAGCGGUGGGCUCACGCCGCUGCACCUGGCCGCUGCGCAGGGGCACGAGAUGUUCAUCAAGGUGCUCGUCGGGGCUUACGGGGCCGACACGAGCCGCAGGGACCACAGCGGGCACAAGGCCUGGCAGUACCUGCGGGCGGACGCCUCCCAGGAGCUGAAGGAGCUGGCGGGGGCCUUGGAGGAGGACUUGGUGCAGCUGGGCGCCCGCAACUCCAACAACAACUGUAAGUCAUCCCGGGAGGCCCGGGCGGGCGCCGGCGACUGCGUGGACUCCGGGGCCGAGGGGAAAAAGCGGCAGCCCCGGGGCCUGUCGACCCUCCGGGACUUUGUCAGGCAGGCAUUCGCCUUCUUCCAAGAGCGCUGAAGCGUCCCCAGCCCGCGUUGCCUGCAAACCCCGUGCUGGGCAGCCGCUGGCCGCACCGGGAGCUCGGCGGGGGCUGGUGCUCGAGCUGGGACAAGCCCCCAACCCACCUGCCGGCGACCACCCCGCCGCAGCGGCUAGAGCCCUCUCCGUCACGCACCGGUCCCGCCGAGCGGAUCCGCUUCCCAGCCGGACACAAGCCCGCGGCCAGGUGAGGAGGGGCGACGGUGCCCCGUGCUGGGCGGGGGCUGAGGUUUGUCCACCGCUCCUGGCCCGCUGGGGGACUUUCCGCGUGGCCUCAGGUAGGUCACACAGAGCUGCUGUGACUCGACUCUCCUGUCUGUGAGAUGAGGCCCCUGGCACCGCGCUGGCUGCCGGCAGGGCCGCGAGGUCAGGCAGGAUGCCGCCUCGGGCACCUGGACGGAGACACGGUGGGGCCCCGGAGUGGCUCGGCCCUGCGGGGCGCUUGGGGCCGGGGCAGGCAGUGAGGGGGCCGGGGCCAUGUGCAGGCUCCUGCACAGGGACUGAAUCCAGAGGCUGCUCCGCAAAGCUGAUUCAUUGCCUGAAAACGUGGAAAAGGUAUGAGGCCCGGGAGAUUCCUCUGCCACUGCCAAGGUCACGCUCCGAAAUGAAACUCUUGAGCAACAGUCCAGCGAUGUGUCCCCGAGCACGCUGGCAGCGGCAGGGCAGGGCAGAGCCACCGCUCACCUGCUGCUUGUGCAGCCUGUGCGCCGGGGCCGGGGCUGCUUCAGAGCGUCCUCAGAAAAACAGCUGCCUCUUCCUCUUUUUGAAAAGCACGAGGCCAUUUUUACCCCCUAAAGAGACAGUCUGAUUCGGGAAGUGAUCCUAACCCAGCAGGCGGGGAGUUUCGGUUCCUCCGGGCGCUCCCGGGCAGAGCGGCGCCGAACCCUGCCUGGGGAGCGGGGCAGCGAGCCCGGUGCGCCUGGCGGCCCGGGGGGGGGGGAACAACACCCUGCGCACGGGUGCAGGGACCCCCCCUUAACUCCCGAGGGGAUCCGAGGCCGCGGUUCCCAGGUCCCGCGCAAAGCCCCCCGUAUCAGGCCGUGCUCAGAAACACUCCUGACGGCCUGGAAUGACGCGGUCGGCAGCGGGUGCUGCGCGGAGAUGACUCCAGGUCUGGACAUCUCUUUAACCACUGAAGUCAGCAGCUGAGACACACAAAACGCAUGGGGAAUGGAUUUAAUGCCUGAUCUACACAGGUUUUGUCACACUUUAGCUCUGAUAGGUAAAAGAAUACGGCCACGCAGCGCCUUCCAUCGCUGCCCCGGUCACGUCCGCGCUAGGGGCUGCAGCCAGGCUCCUCGCGAGCUCUACAAAACCGGCACGAGCUGUUUCGGUAACCGACGCGUUGUUGACAGGAUCAGCGGGUGCGUUUCUGGUUAAGCACUUUUUGACCUUAGUCAUCUGUCGGCAUGCUUUCACAGCAGCGUGCUGCCGGGGCGAGGGCAUGGGAUCACUCCUACGUCCGCCUCUGAGUAAGUCGCAGAGUAAACAGUGGAACGACUGCGAGUGCCCUUGAAGGAGCUGUUUCCUUGGCAGCUACUGCUGCAGCCUAGUCACACGCCACCAGGAAACCUGCACUUGGAUUCAAUUAAAAAUUAAAAUGUAACCAGCAAAUGCAACGGUUAAACCCAACUAAAUGAUUUCUAAUAUUUGUGUCUCCUUGACAGAUAACCAAACCCCCCUAAAGGCAGCUUUUUCCCUUUUAGUUGUAUGUUUGGAGCUCCCUUCUGCUCCGAGGCAUAUUACUCACAGCCUUCAAAAAGAGGAAGGCCCGAGCUCUGUUUGCUCUCGGUGAUACUACAACACAUCUGUUAAAGCCAAACCUUUGCCUUGCCUAACCUGCAAGGGCUCCUCACUGCAGAAAAAAAGAAAAGGAUCUUCUUCAAAUCGCAAUGCACUUUCUCCUGCUGUUUUUUCUGUUCGCCCAAAACACCGCACCACUUGCAGGGACCCACUUCUCUGUCUUGCAUGGUUUAUUUUGACACCUAUAGAGGGGCAGUUGCUUUGUAAAAACAGAUGCAUUAAAACCAAAAAUUCCUCAAAUAUACUGUCAGCUGUAACUGUGCUUCUCAGUCAAAAGAAGAAAGCACAGCCAGUUUCUGGCCCCUCAGACAAAGCUUUUGAGAGACAUCUGGAAGAAUCGAACACUUAUUCCCUACCAAAAUAAAUGAAACAGCAUAUGCAAGUUCUUUGGAAUUCUCUUCCUUAAAGCCUCUGUAGAUAUUUCGGUUUUUGUAUGUUAGCACAGUUCUGCAGAGAUUUGUGAUCCCCCCAAAUCUCACAGGGAAGAGAAGGACAAGGAGAGGUCCUCCAGAACAAUAGCCGUCAUUUCAAACCCGACGGUGUUUGUGUUGGUUAGGGCUCUGCAGAAGCUUGAUUUUAACCAAAUUUUCCUCAUGUUGCCCCUUAAUGUCCAACCUGAAAUGCAGAUUCAGUCAAAGCAGCUCCUUGGUAGAAGCUGCUACCAUUUGAUAAAAAUAGCACAGUAGUGAUAGUAAUAGCGAUACACUAACAAGCAGUUUAAGCUAUUGCCCAGGAAAGCUUUCCCACAAAUACUAUCUAGAAGACCAUUCCAUUCUGCUUUCAAGACCGUAAAAAUUACCUUUUCCCUCCUCAGCCCACUCCUAAUGGUCACAAUUAAAGAGGAACCCUGCGAGCAGCUCUGCCUGCCAGCAGCGGCUAUGGGAGACUAGCAGGCCUUCCCCAGUGACCUAUCUCCCAAACGCUUGCUUCAAAGAGAAGAGCACAUCCUUCAGGAAUUGUAAAAACAGCAGUAAAACUCAGUAGCUAAACAAACUCCAGAGCAACUAAACAAAUUCAAAGCCAUCAAAGCCAGUUGAACAUCUGGGAGAGAGGGGGCUUUUGCUGCAGGCCUUUUAAACAGAAGAAAGCAAUUUUAAAAGCAUCGGGGUAAAAGUGAGCCUCUGUUGAGACAUCUUUGAAGCAUUUUGAAACAUCUCUGGCAAUGCUCUUUGCUGCUUUCCUGUUGCAGUGACUUACUGCUUCCCCCUGAUAAUGAAGCAGAAACUAGACUCUUUGACCAGACAGGAAAAGAAACUAAAAUAUACCCCAAAGUGUCCCGAGGCUUGUAAAAAUCCCAGCCUUGCUUUCCUGUGCUCACAGAGAAAUCCAGCGUACCUUAGGAGGGAAAAGACCAUCACAUUGGACCUGGGCAAGGCACGUUUUUAAUAUGCUGUUAUGCAUGCUUGGCAUGUGCUGCUGCCCAGCAUCAUUCGCUACAAGUUGCGGAGCGAAGGAGAUAAACCUAUUUACCUUCAACGUGACAAGCUUCUCUGUAGGUGUGGCAGCCUGAGCUUCCUCAGGAAGCCACCGCUGCAGGCCGAACCCAGGAGAAGGCCCCAGAGCAUGUUGCAGCACUCGGUGUCAGGAUGGGCUUUGCCGCAGCCACAUCCGAGAGCAGCCUCACACCUUAUUUCCUGCUAACCAGGGCACCUAUCCCAGACCUGCACCGGGAAGGGCAAAGGAGCAGCAGCGCCAGGCUCAAUGCUGAGCCAUAGCCUCCUUCUUCAGUUCCCUCUUGUAAAAAUAGGUCGUGUUUUACAGGCCCUAGCAGAGAACGCCCGCAUUGGGGAGCUGGAGCGCUGACUACUCAGUUCAGUUUAAUCCUUUUAAUCUCCGCUUUUCUAAAUAGCUGUUAGGUCUUCCUUUGAGCAACACCCUGUGUUCUGACCCUUCUGCUGAAAAUGUUUUAAAUUAAACUGCAUCUGUGGCUGGCAUCAAGACCAACUUUAGCCAACAAAGAGCUCCCAAAAAAGCUUAGAAGCAGGUUAUUAUGUAUUCUAGGAGAAUAUGUAGAUGAUGUAUUAUAUGGUCCACCCAAGUAUUACAUCUUCUAGGGGAUAAACCCAUCCACCUAGCCUUGUCCUACUCUUCCCUCCCGUCUUCCUUUCCAACCUCAUAAGUGAAAUUUUCUUUCAUUCCCUUAUUCUGCUCAUCUGCUCCCCAGCUGGGAUCGUAAUCCCAAACAUCCUGAGCUGCCCUGUCCCUGCCCCGCCUGAGAGCAGAGCCCAGCACGGCAGGCACAGGGGCCAGUCCGCACCAGCAAGAUUCAUCCUCCUCAGCUGAGCAAGGCAGGGCUCCACCUGGUCUCCCAACUCAGAGAGACAUACAGACACCUUUUUAGCAAAUUCUGACAAUGCUGCUUACUUUUCUUAGUAACUUUUCAUAAGUCUACCAUAAAUAACCCCUAGAUUAACCCUGGGGUUAACUAACCAAAAGCUGACAAUCACUGCUCUGAAGAGUUAACUGUAGCCAUGGUGCUCUGUGAAGACUAUUCCUUCUUUUUCAAACCUGGAGAUGCCUGGUGCCUCUGAAAGACUGUGUCUUUACUAUUUCAGUUUGUCUAAUAAAAGACUUUCUUUUAAUAAACUCUGCUCUA